UUCACCUCACAGCCUUUUGAGAAGCUGCAGGGGGUGCAUAGGACUCUAGCUGGAUGUUCUUUGGGACCGCCUCCUUUUAGGUGGGGCCAGCAGACUCUGGGUGCCAUGUGGCCCAGUUACCAAGAUGAACACGAGUUCAACGCCCACCUGGUGUGCCGCAUGUGUUGUAUGGAUGAGCGGGACCGGGUUCAGAAGAAAACAUUCACCAAAUGGGUCAAUAAGCACUUGAUGAAGGUCCGCAAGCACAUCAAUGAUUUGUAUGAGGACCUGCGGGAUGGCCAUAACCUGAUUUCUCUGUUGGAGGUACUCUCAGGCAUCAAACUGCCCCGGGAGAAGGGCAGGAUGCGUUUUCACAGGCUACAAAAUGUGCAGAUUGCCCUGGACUUCCUAAAGCAGCGACAGGUGAAGCUAGUGAAUAUUCGCAAUGAUGACAUCACAGAUGGCAAUCCCAAACUGACUCUGGGCCUGAUCUGGACCAUUAUUUUGCACUUCCAGAUCUCUGACAUCUAUAUUAGUGGGGAAUCAGGGGAUAUGUCAGCCAAGGAAAAACUACUUUUGUGGACUCAGAAGGUGACAGCUGGUUACACAGGAAUCAAAUGUACCAACUUUUCUUCCUGCUGGAGUGAUGGGAAAAUGUUCAAUGCACUUAUUCACCGAUAUAGACCUGAUCUGGUAGAUAUGGAGAGGGUGCAAAUCCAAAGUAACCGAGAGAAUCUGGAACAGGCUUUUGAAGUGGCAGAAAGACUGGGAGUCACCAGAUUGCUGGAUGCAGAAGAUGUGGAUGUGCCAUCUCCAGAUGAAAAGUCUGUAAUCACUUAUGUGUCUUCAAUUUAUGAUGCCUUCCCUAAAGUCCCUGAGGGUGGAGAAGGGAUCAGUGCUACGGAAGUGGAUUCCAGGUGGCAAGAAUACCAAAGCCGAGUGGACUCCCUCAUCCCCUGGAUCAAACAGCAUACCAUACUGAUGUCAGAUAAAUCUUUUCCCCAGAACCCUGUUGAACUAAAGGCACUUUAUAACCAAUAUAUACACUUCAAAGAAACAGAAAUUCUGGCCAAGGAGAGAGAAAAAGGAAGAAUUGAGGAGUUAUAUAAAUUGUUAGAGGUGUGGAUUGAAUUUGGCAGAAUUAAGCUGCCUCAAGGUUAUCACCCUAAUCAUGUGGAAGAAGAGUGGGGAAAACUCAUCAUUGAGAUGCUGGAGCGAGAGAAAUCCCUCCGGCCAGCUGUAGAGAGGCUAGAAUUGCUGCUACAGAUUGCAAACAAAAUCCAGAAUGGUGCUUUGAACUGUGAAGAAAAACUGACACUAGCUAAAAAUACACUGCAGGCUGAUGCUGCUCACCUGGAAUCAGGACAGCCAGUACAAUGUGAGUCAGAUGUCAUCAUGUACAUUCAGGAGUGCGAAGGUCUCAUCAGGCAGCUGCAGGUGGAUCUCCAGAUCCUACGGGAUGAGAAUUACUACCAGUUAGAAGAACUGGCCUUUAGGGUCAUGCGCCUUCAGGAUGAGUUGGUCACCCUGCGUCUGGAGUGUACAAACCUGUACAGGAAGGGCCAUUUCACUUCACUUGAAUUGGUUCCUCCUUCUACUUUAACCACUACCCAUCUGAAAGCAGAACCCUUGACCAAGGCUACCCAUUCUUCUACCUCCUGGUUCCGAAAGCCCAUGACUCGAGCUGAACUUGUGUCUAUCUCAUCCUCUGAAGAUGAAGGCAAUCUCCGAUUUGUGUAUGAACUACUGUCUUGGGUAGAAGAGAUGCAGAUGAAACUGGAGCGGGCAGAAUGGGGCAAUGACCUGCCUAGUGUGGAGUUGCAGCUAGAAGCACAGCAGCAUAUCCAUACUAGUGUGGAAGAACUGGGCUCAAGUGUCAAGGAGGCCCGGUUAUAUGAGGGAAAGAUGUCCCAGAAUUUCCAUACCAGCUAUGUUGAAACUCUUGGAAAACUGGAGACACAAUAUUGUAAAUUAAAGGAGACUUCUAGCUUCCGGAUGAGACACCUUCAGAGCUUGCAUAAAUUUGUCUCUAGAGCUACAGCUGAGCUGAUCUGGUUGAAUGAGAAGGAGGAAGAAGAAUUAGCAUAUGACUGGAGUGACAACAAUCCCAAUAUCUCAGCAAAGAAAAAUUACUUCUCUGAGUUAACAAUGGAACUGGAGGAGAAACAGGAUGUGUUUCGGUCUCUACAAGAUACAGCAGAACUGCUGUCACUUGAGAACCAUCCAGCUAAGCAGACUGUGGAGGCAUAUAGUGCUGCUGUUCAGUCUCAGUUGCAGUGGAUGAAGCAGCUAUGCCUGUGUGUUGAGCAGCAUGUGAAAGAGAAUGCAGCUUACUUUCAGUUCUUCAGUGAUGCCCGAGACCUGGAGUCAUUCUUGAGGAACCUCCAAGACUCCAUCAAACGAAAAUAUUCCUGUGACCACAACACCAGUUUAUCCCGCCUUGAGGACUUACUCCAGGACUCCAUGGAUGAAAAGGAGCAGCUUAUCCAGUCCAAGAGCUCGGUUGCCAGUCUUGUUGGAAGAUCAAAAACCAUUGUUCAGCUAAAGCCACGCAGUCCAGACCAUGUGCUAAAGAGCACCAUUUCUGUGAAGGCCAUCUGUGACUAUCGGCAGAUUGAGAUCACUAUUUGUAAGAAUGAUGAGUGUGUGCUUGAAGAUAAUUCUCAGCGGACCAAAUGGAAGGUGAUCAGCCCCACGGGGAAUGAGGCGAUGGUGCCCUCAGUCUGCUUCCUCAUACCCCCACCCAAUAAGGAUGCCAUUGAGAUGGCCAGCAGGGUGGAACAAUCUUAUCAGAAGGUGAUGGCCCUUUGGCACCAGCUACAUGUGAACACCAAAAGCCUUAUCUCCUGGAACUAUCUGCGGAAGGACCUUGAUCUUAUACAGACCUGGAACCUAGAAAAGCUUCGGUCCUUAGCACCAGGAGAGUGCCACCAGACUAUGAAGAACCUCGAGGCUCACUAUGAAGAUUUUCUGCAGGACAGUCGUGACUCUGCACUCUUCUCAGUGGCUGAUCGCUUACGGUUGGAAGAGGAAGUAGAAGCUUGUAAAACCCAUUUUCAGCACCUGAUGAAGUCCAUGGAGAAUGAGGACAAAGAGGAGACUGCGGCCAAGAUAUACAUCUCAGAGCUGAAGAAUAUCCGGCUACGCUUGGAGGAGUGUGAACAGAGGUUGGUCAAACGAAUUCAGUCUCCAGCCAGCUCUAGGACUGACAGAGAUGCCCGGCAGGACAUUGCAUUAAGGAUUGCAGAGCAAGAGCACACCCAAGAGGAUUUGCAGCAACUUAGAUCUGACUUGGAUGCUGUUUCUAUGAAAUGCAACAGCUUUCUCCAUCAGUCUCCAUCUAGUUCAAGUGUCCCUACUUUGCGUUCUGAACUGAAUUUGCUUGUUGAGAAGAUGGACCAUGUCCAUAGUCUCUCCACUGUCUAUUUGAAUAAAUUAAAGACAAUUGAUGUUAUAGUGCGUAGCAUACAGGAUGCUGAACUCUUGGUCAAAGGUUAUGAAAUCAAGCUGAGUCAAGAAGAAGCAGUGCCAGCAGAUCUCGUAGCUCUGGAGUCCCAUCGGUCUACAUUACGGCACUGGCUUAAUGAUGUGAAGGACAAGAAUUCGGUAUUCUCAGUCUUGGAUGAGGAAAUCACCAAGGCCAAGGGAGUGGCAGAGCAGCUGAGUCGUCUGACACCAGAGCGAAACCUGGAUUUGGAGCGCUAUCAGGAAAAAGGCUCCCAAUUGCAGGAGCGUUGGCACCGUGUCAUUGCUCAGUUGGAGACCCGCCAAUCUGAACUAGAAAGUAUCCAGGAAGUUCUAGGAGAUUACAGAGCCUGCCAUGGAACUCUCAUCAAAUGGAUCGAGGAAACUACUGCCCAGCAGGAAAUGAUGAAGCCAGGUCAGGCAGAAGAUAGCAGAGUACUGUCGGAACAGCUCAGCCAGCAAACGGAUCUGUUUGCAGAAAUUGAGAGAAAUCAGAUAAAACUGGACCAAUGUCAAAAAUUUUCCCAGCAGUACUCCACUAUAGUAAAGGACUAUGAAUUGCAACUGAUGACUUACAAGGCCUUUGUGGAAUCACAGCAGAAAUCUCCUGGUAAACGCCGUCGCAUGCUUUCCUCUUCAGAUGCCAUCACACAAGAGUUUAUGGACUUGAGGACUCGCUACACAGCAUUGGUGACCUUAACAACUCAGCAUGUAAAAUACAUCAGUGAUGCACUCCGACGAUUGGAAGAGGAGGAGAAAGUGGUAGAAGAGGAAAAACAGGAACAUGUGGAGAAGGUUAAAGACCUUUUGGGCUGGGUUUCUACCCUAGCAAGGAAUACACAAGAAAAAAUUACCUCAUCCCACACCAAAGAAUCAACAGACAUUGAAAAAGCAAUUUUAGAACAGCAGGUCCUGGCAGAAGAGCUGACAACCAAGAAAGAACAAGUUUCUGAGGCCAUUAAAACUUCACAGAUCUUCUUGGCCAAGCAUGGUCAUAAACUCUCAGAAAAAGAGAAGGAGCAGAUCUCCGAGCGACUGGAUGCCCUGAAUAAGGCUUACCACGACCUUUGUGAUGGUUCAUCAAGCCAGCUUCAGCAGCUCCAGAGCCAGCUGGCACAGCAGACAGAACAAAAGGAUUGCAGAACAGUUGCUGGGGUGAUUGAUCUAGGCACAAUGGAGAUAUUUCCCAUCUUCAGAGCUAUGCAAAAGGGCCUCAUUGACCAAGACACAGGCCUUGUGCUCCUGGAAUUCCAGGUUAUCAUGUUUGGCCUCGUUGCCCCUGAGACCAGUGAAAAGCUCUCUCUGGAGGAGGGCUUGGCCAGAAACCUCAUUAAUCCCCAGAUGUACCAGCAGCUCCGGGAGCUAGAGGAUGCACUAUCCUUAAUAAGCAGACUUACUGAGAGCAAAGGCUCUCUUUCUGUGAUGGAAGCCAUUGAAAAGAGAAUAAUCAGUGAGAGAGUUGGACUGAAAAUUUUAGAAGCACACCUGGCCACUGGAGGUUUCAGUGUCUCCCCAAGUGAGAACUGUAUUAACCUGGAAGAGGCUUUUCAUCAAGGCCUCAUUUCUACUUGGCUCCACUCAGUAUUAGAGUCUCACCUGAGAUCAUCCAAAAACCUGAUAGACCCCAAUACAGCUGAAAAAAUCAGUUUACUAGAUCUGAUGCAGAGGUGUAUUGUCCACCAGGAAUCAAGGUUGAAAUUACUGCCUGUCAAGCAAUUGGCAGGGGGAAUGGUGAGCUUGAAAUCAGGCCGGAAAGUUAGUGUUUUCCGUGCAGUACAGGAAGGGCUAAUAGAUAGGCAGGUCACUGUCCGAUUGCUAGAAGCUCAGCUCUUUGCUGGUGGCAUCGUAGAUCCAAGAACAGGACACAGACUUACAGUGGAAGAGGCUGUAAGACAUAAUUUGAUUGACCAAGAUAUGGCCUGUGCUAUUUUCAUAAGGCAGCUUCAAACAGGAGGCAUCAUCAACACUGUCACAGGGCAUAGAAUGACAAUAGAUGAAGCACUGACCAAUGAUCUGGUAUCUGCUAAGAUCGCCCUUGUGAUUCUGGAAUCCCUCUGGUCAUUCAUGGGGUUUCUGUGGCCUGAAUCUGGGGAGAUCCUCCCAAUUACAGAUGCCCUAAAACAAGGUAUUGUGUCUACUGAACUAGCACAUAAAAUCCUUAGUAACCGACAGCAUAUUAAGGCUCUAUUUCUGCCAGCAACCACAGAAAUUUGGUCCUGGAAGAAAGUAAUAGAAAAUGGUGUCUUGGACAAAGAUCUUGCCAAUAACUUAAAAUCAAUUUGUAUACCAGAUGUGAUGCCCCACAUGCAAUUAGUAGACUCUUCUGAACAAAACAAAUUGAGCAUUACUCCCGGAGCAGCAGUUCUACCAUGCAGCAAGAGCCAAUCUGGGGACAUAGCAAGCCAUGAUGAGAAGCUGUUAUUUCAACUGAUGACUCAUAGCUAUAUUAACGUGCAGAAUGGACAAAGGCUGCUUCUGUUAGAUCAAGAACUGCUGGAGACUUUGUCAUCUAUAGAUGAACAUAAAAUAAGUCCUUCAGAAGUGUUUGGAGUUGGGGAUCAGAAAGUAGACACUCCUGAAGAAUUGCAAGAAUCAGCUAAUGGGAAUAUUACAGAAACUUUCAGUGAUGGACUCACUCUGAGGCCGUGUGAAUUCCAGUUUUCAUCUCAGAAUGAAGAAUAUCCCAACCAGGAAGAUUAUACUGAAGCAAAAGGCAGAAAGACCAUUGUAGGAGGAAAAUGUUCUUCUAUAGAGAACUCUGAAAAGGAUCUGUUUGUAGAACAAAAAAUUAUUAAUGCAAAUAUUGACACUUUGAAGGUCACAAAAAAAGUAAAUUUAGAGUUACAAAGGCAGUUGUUUGGUACUAAAAAUGAAGACCAAACAGAAAUAUCUACCAGAGAAAAUGUCAGCAGAGAACUCCUGAUUGUACCUCCUAAGGAAGCGGAAGGUGGGCCCUUGGAGAUUGACAGAGACCUUUCUUUUGAAACACCAGAGGAAGAAUGGCGGACUCCCAGAAAUAUUUUCUUUCCGUGUCAGAGAGAACAAGCAAAGGCACUUAAGACUAAAUAUACUCCAAGUGAAACUGGAAGACCUCUCCUAAAGUCCCAAAGCAAAAAUUCACAAGUUCAGUUAGAGAAGUCUCUGGGUUUCAAAUCAGAAUUGAAGUGGGAAGAUGAUAUGAAUAUUCAUUCUUUGGAAAAAGAGAAAGUAUUAAAUAAAUCACUUUUGACUAAGGAUGACCAUAAACAAAGCCAAGAAGGACACAGCAUUGCAGACAGUAAGAUGAUGAUGUUAGAAAAGACGGAUACACAAGAUAGUAGCAGGGCAAUUUCCCUGUCAUGCAGUUCUCCUUCAGAGCUGCUUGAAGAAGCUACCUUAAAUAUGUUAUCUGCACAGCUACUAGAUGGUGGUAUCCUUCAUGAAGAAACAGGUCAGAAGCUCUUACUCAAUGAAGCAAUAGCUCAAGGUAUCAUGUCCAGCCACACUGCUGUGAAACUUAUGGGAAAACUGAACAUGUUUCGGGGCUUCUUUGACUCUCAGACCUGCGAGUCUUUGACAACCGAAGAAGUGAUCAAUGAAGGUCUGAUGGAUGAGAAAUUAUUACAUAAUGUUCUCAUGGCAGACAAAGUUAUAAGUGGUGUCUUAGAUCCCCGUACCCAUACACUGUGCUCUGUAAAGGAUGCCGUCACAGCUGGAAUUCUUGAUAAGGAAACAGCCACCAGGAUUUUAGAGGGACAGGUGGUGACUGGUGGAAUUGUUGACCUGAAACGAGGCAAGAAAGUUUCAGUAACUUUGGCCUCAAAUCUUGACUUGGUGGACAGUGCUGACCAGACAGAGCUUAUAAAUUUGGAGAAGGCUUCUAAAGGCAAAGAAUCUGAAAAACUAGUUAGGGAGAAAUUAAUUGGUCUACAAAUGGAAACAACAGGACUUAUGGAUCCUAACAGCAAAGCCCCUUUAACAGUUGUGCAGUCCAUUGACCAAGGUCUUUUGAAGAAAGAGGAGGCCAUUUGUUUGUUGACAAAGCAAGUGGUAGAUGGAGGUAUCAUUCACCAUACCUCUGGGAUGAGACUUUCUGUUGAUAAUGCCUUUAAACAGGGCUUGAUUGAUGAAGAUCUAACUAAGCAACUCAAAAAAGUUGAAAACUUAAACCUCCAUCACUUUUUUCAUCCUGAAACAAAGGAAAGUGUUUCCCUCCAUGAAGCCAUAAAAUUAAAUCUAACUACCCCAGACUUGAAAAGGGAAAUCCAAGAAGGUCAGGCCUUUAGUGAAAACCUUGGGGAUCUUAUUUCUGGCCAGAGAUUGACUGUGGCAGAAGGUAACAAAGGAGGACUGUUAACUAAUAAAGCAGUACUAUCUUCAGUAAUGAUGCAUGGGGUUGUUGAUCCUGAGAAUUACAGAAUUGUUCCCUACUCAGAAUUGAUAAAGAAAUGUAAGAUUGAUAUUGAAUCUGGACAGAGAUAUCUAGAAGUAAUUCCCUUCUCAGACAUUAAAGAUGGGGUGAGUGACAAAGUGAUUCCAUUAUCAGAAGCAGUUCAGCUUGGGAAAGUAGACUUUGUAUCUACACUGAAGGUUUUAGAAGCUCAGGCAAAUACUGGUGGAAUCAUAGACACAGCCACAGGAGAAAGACUGACAUUGGCAUUAGCUAUGGAACAGAAAUUGGUGGACAAAAACAUGGCCAGAAUUAUUGCAUCUAACCAGAUGUUAAAUGGAGGAAUUGUUGACAUAUUUAAUGAUAAGAGAGUGACUUUAAAGGAAGCUGUUGAGAAAAGAUUUAUCAGUCCUGAACUGGCAACGCUGAUCCAAAUAGAUACUUUCAAGUCCAGUGAUCACCAAGCUCAUAUGGAAAAGCAAAAUCAAAUUGAAGUAUGUGAAUUACAGACUGAAUAUCUAAGAAAGAAAAUAUUAAUUUCUUAUAAUCAGACUGCUAAAAUGAGUUGUGAUAAAGGAGAAAGCAAGAGUGCCUUACAAAUUGAAAGUCAGUUUGCACGAGGGAAGGAUAAAGUAAGAGAUUCUGAUGGGAAGCAGAUAAAAGAGAGCAAGGAGAUUUCAUUAGAGCAGUUGGAGGACAAAGACCACGAUAAAUGGGGAGCUUCUGCAGAUGCUAAAGGGUCUGCCAGCGUCUUGAGUCCUAGUAAUCUUAAAGGUAAAUCCCUAGACCAAGUUUCAGUGCCACAUCCACACUCAGCAGUUUCUGAUUUUAGACUCAAAGAGGUGGCUAGAAAUAACUUGGGAGAAAAUACAAAUGUAGAGCAUGAGAAAGGAGUGACACACAUAGAAACUGUAACUCAUUUGAAGCAGCCUAACUCAGGUCUAGACGAGGCAGAAGCAAAAGAAAAUCAAAGGGAAAUGAUUUGGGAAGUACAAGAAUCAAAUUGUGAAGCAUCAGACAGAUUGCUGAGUGAACAACCACUGAAUAUCAGAGUGACAAGUGAGAGAGAGAAGAGGGAGAUGAUUGUCGAAGAAAGUGUGAGGCCAUGCAGACCAGCAGUUCUUUCAGAAGAAAAGUUGGAUCAGGAAAUGACCAGAAGUGAAAGGGAGAAAGAAUCUGAUAGAGACACAGGAUUUUCUGUUACUUGUAAAACUGAAGACUCUUCUUCCCAAGUGACACCAAAAGGAAUUUCUGUAAGAAAUCAAGAUACUUUGACAUUCUUCAGCUCUGCCCAAGUCAGUGAAGAGGAAGUGAAAAAUGUAAACCUCUGCUUGACUUUAAAACCAGGAGAAAUUUUACAUCAAGAACUUACUAGUGGGGCCCAGAGUCAUCCAUUCUCUUUUAUGACCCCAAGACCUGAAGGAUUUCAUUGCCAGGUGUCAGUUAUAAAAGCCCAAGUUACAGAUACACCCCAAAUUUCCAAUACAAAUAAGACUACCCAGGGAGCCUCCAGUCAGGAGACCAACUAUUAUCAAGAUUCCUGUGUUACUUCAAAGACUACAGAAAUCAAAGAUCUGAUUUUCCCAUCUAAAGAAUGUAAAGAAACAUCAUACCAAGAAGUACCUUUUGUUUCAAGAAGAGUUCUUAAAUUUGAAGAAAUUAUUGUUUCCAAAGUAGAUCCAGAAGAAGUCAGUUAUCUAGAAUCAUCAGACAGAAAAGACCUUCAUCAUAAGAAUAGCAAAGGUGAUCAUGAACACUGUGGAACUCUCAAAUCUAAAAUGGCAACAACUCAAGAAACAAAUGGAGAGAAAUUUCUGGAAAUGACAAACCCUAUUUUUACAGAUCCAGAAGCAGGGUCCCCUGAAGGCAUAGUGAUUCAGGGAGGUCCCACAGUCUUGGUUACCCUUCUUCCAGAGAAACUACCCAAAGAGGUAUCCCAGAAAGAAAAUACAGGGCAACAGGAUUCUAUUAUUAGUUCUACCACUUUGGAGACCAGUGAAGAAACAACACUGACCCUACCAUCAUGUUCUACAGUGAAGGUGGAUAUGAUACCACAGGAAAAACUCAGGGAGGGCCUUGGCAGUAAACCGACUCCCUUCAUGGGUAUGCUUCGGGGAAAGGGGAGUGAAGGUGUAAAUCCGGAGCCUCUCAGAGCAACUCAAAAUGUGUUUAACCGGCAACUCUGUUUAGAACAUGAUGAGAAGCUGGUAUCCUAUUUGUCUCUGCUACGGGACAUUGAAAUGAGGACCAAACAGAUUCAACCUUUAGAGCUUAACCUGGUAGAACUACAGGAUCUGCUGUGUCAGGCCAAGGUAUUAGAUAAGGAGCUAAAGGAUCUGUCCGCCUUGGUGAGUCGGGAAUUGGAGUGUGUGAAUCAGAUUAUCAUCAGCCAGCCUCAAGAAGUCCCUGCUCAACUGUUGAAGGCGCUAGAGAAAGAUGCCAAGAAUCUUCAAAAGUCUCUCAGCUCUGUGAGUGACACUUGGAGUUCCAGACUGCUCCACCUCCAAAAUGCCAUGGAAAUGAAAAAGGCUUCAGUGUUAAAUCAGCACAUGCAACUAGAAGGCAAACUUCGGGGUCUGAGAGCUUGGGUUGGCAAUACCAGUCUUAUUCUGAACAGCAAAAGAUAUGACAGUGAGACAGAUAUUGACAGCCUGAAUCACUCUCUCCAAGAGUAUGAGGAUUUGAAACAGCUCAUGGCUGAAAGGAAAUCUCAGCUGGAUGCUCUUGCUUUUGAUAUUCAGUUAUUUAUCUCAGAGCAUGCACAGGACUUGUCCUCUCAGCAGAAUCGACAGAUGCUGAGGCUUUUGAAUGAACUGCAGAGGUCCUUUCAGGAUCUUAUGGAACAGACUACAGCGCAGACAAAUGCCUUGCAGGGUCAUCUUCACCAAAUGCAGCAGGAAACCUGGGUUAAGACUCUGCAGAAACAGCAAAGUACCUGUCAUCAGAAACUGGAGGAUCUUUGCAGUUGGGUAAAACAGGCAGAAAGGGCACUGGUGAGCCACCAAGGCAGUGCCUCCUGGCAAGAUCUUUCUACUUUGCAGAAGAACCAAAGAGAUUUGAAGGAUUUACAGGAUGAUAUUCAGAAUCAUGCCACCUCAUUUACCACUGUUGUCAAAGACAUCGAAGGGUUCCUGGAAGAGAAUCAUACCAAACUGAGCCCCCAGGAGUUGACAGCUCUUCGGGAAAAACUUCAUCAGGCGAGGGAGCAAUAUGAGGCUCUCCAGGAACGGACACGGGUGGCCCAGAAGGAGCUGGAGCAAGCAGUGACCUCAGCCGUACAGCAGGAGACUGAAAAGAGUAAAGCAGCAAAAGAACUGGCUGAGAAUAGGAGUAAGAUUGAUGCUCUCUUGGAUUGGAUGACUCUGUGGGACCAUCUGGUGGACAGCCACAGACUAGUCUUUCAGGGAUGGAGCAACUCUCUAGAGCUGGUGGAGAAAGGAGCCUUGGAUACCACUGAUGGUUACAUGGGGGUAAACCAAGCCCCAGAGAAAUUGGACAGGCAAUGUGAGAAGAUAAAGGCCCAUCACCAAGAAUUGCUAUCCCAGCAGCAAAAUUUCAUUCUGGCUACCCAGUCAGCUCAGGCGUUCCUGGACCAGCAGGGCCACAAUCUUACAACCGAGGAACAACAGAUGCUACAAAAGAAGUUAGGAGAUCUUAAGGAACAAUAUGUAGCUUCCCUCGCACAGUCAGAGGCGGAGCUGAAGCAGGUGCAGACACUCCGGGAUGAACUGCAGAAAUUUCUGCAGGACCACCGAGAGUUUGAAAGCUGGCUAGAACGUUCUGAGAAAGAGCUGGAGAACAUGCACAAGGGAAACAACAGCCCUCAAGCCCUGCCCUCCUUGCUGAAGAGGCAGGGAAGCUUCUCAGAGGAUGUCAUUUCCCACAAAGGAGACUUAAGAUUUGUGACUAUCUCAGGACAGAAAGUCUUGGACACAGAAAACAGCUUUGAGGAAGGCAAAGAACCAUCAACAACUAGAAACUUAGUGAAAGAGAAGCUAAAGGAUGCCACAGAAAGAUAUACUGUUCUCCACUCAAAGUGUACUCGAUUGGGCUCUUACCUUAACAUGCUGCUAGGCCAAUAUCAGCAAUUCCAGAGCAGUGCUGACAGCCUAAAAGCCUGGCUGCAGACUUGUGAGGCCAGUGUGGAGAAGCUUCUCUCAGAUACUGUUGCCUCUGACCCUGGAGUCCUGCAACAGCAGCUUGCAACAACAAAGCAGCUACAGGAGGAAUUGGCUGAGCACCAAGUACCUGUAGAAAAGCUCCAAAAAGUAGCUCAUGAUCUCAUGGAAAUUGAAGGGGAGCCAUCCUUGGAUCCUAAGCAUGUUCAAGAAACUACAGAUUCCAUACUCAGCCACUUCCAAAGCCUAUCCUGUAGCCUGGCUGAGCGCUCUGCUUUGCUACAGAAGGCAAUUGCCCAGUCUCAAAGUGUCCAGGAAAGCCUGGAGAGCCUGUUGCAGUCCAUCAGGGAAGUUGAACAGAACCUAGAAGGGGAGCAGGUGGCAUCACUCUCAUCAGGAGUCAUCCAAGAAGCCCUGGCCAAUAAUAUGAAAUUGAAGCAGGACAUUGCUCGACAAAAGAGCAGCUUGGAGGCCACCCGUGAGAUGGUGACCCAGUUCAUGGAAACAGCAGAUAACACCACAGCAGCAGUGCUGCAGGGGAAACUGGUAGAGGCAAGCCAGCACUUUGAGCAGCUUCAGCUUCAGCAGCAAGAAAAGGAGAGUACCCUAAAGAAGCUACUGCCCCAAGCAGAGAUGUUUGAACAACUUUCCAACAAGCUGCAGCAGUUCAUGGAAAACAAAAGUCGGAUGCUGGCCUCUGGGAAUCAACCAGAUCAAGAUAUUGCACAUUUCUCCCAGCAGAUCCAGGAGCUCACUUUGGAAAUGACAGACCAACAGGAGAACCUGGAUACUCUUGAACACUUGGUCACUGCACUGGGCUCUUGUGGCUUUGCACUGGACCUGUCCCAACACCAGGGUAGGGUACAGAACCUCAAGAGGGACUUUGCAGAGCUACAGAAAACAGUCCAAGAAAGAGAGAAAGAUGCAUCAUCUUGCCAGGAGCAGCUGGAUGAGUUCCGAAAACUGAUAAGGACCUUCCAAAAAUGGCUCAAAGAAACCGAAGGGAGUAUUCCAUCUGCAGAGACCUUCAUGAGUGCUAAAGAACUGGAAAAGCUGAUUGAACACCUGAAGGGUAUCCUUAUUGAUUGGGCAAGUAAGGGAACUCUGGUGGAAGAAAUCAAUUGCAAAGGCACUUCUUUAGAAAAUCUCAUCAUGGAAAUUACAGCACCUGAUUCCCAAGCCAAAACAGGUUCCAUACUGCCCUCUGUAGGAAGCUCUGUAGGCAGUGUAAACGGAUACCACACCUGCAAAGAUCUGACGGAGAUACAGUGUGACUUGUCAGAUGUAAACUUGAAGUAUGAGAAACUAGGUGGAGUACUUCGGGAACGCCAGGAAAGCCUUCAAGCUGUCCUCAGCAGAAUGGAGGAAGUUCAGAAAGAGGCACGCUCAGUGCUGCAGUGGCUAGAAUCAAAAGAGGAGGUCCUGAAAGCCAUGGAUGCCUCUUUGUCUCCAACCAAGACAGAAACAGUGAAGGCACAAGCUGAAUCUAAUAAGGCCUUCCUAGCUGAAUUGGAACAGAAUUCUCCAAAGGUCCAAGAAGUGAAGCAAGCUUUAGCUGAAUUACUGAUGACGUAUCCCAACUCACAAGAAGCAGAAAAUUGGAAGAAAAUUGAAGAAGAGCUCAAUUCCCGAUGGGAAAGGGCCACUGAGGUGACUGUGACUCGGCAAAAGCAGCUAGAGGAAUCUGCAAGCCAUCUGGCCUGCUUCCAGGCUGCAGAAUCCCAGCUCCGGCCCUGGCUAAUGGAAAAGGAACUGAUGAUGGGAGUCCUGGGCCCCUUGUCUAUUGACCCUAAUAUGUUGAAUGCACAAAAGCAGCAGGUCCAGUUUAUGCUGAAAGAAUUUGAAACACGCAAGCAACAGCACGAGCAGCUGAAUGAGGCAGCUCAGGGCAUACUAACAGGUCCUGGAGAUGUAUCUCCAUCUACCAGCCAAGUACAGAAAGAACUCCAAAGCAUCAAUCAGAAGUGGGUCGAGCUGACUGACAAACUCAAUUCCCGUUCCAGCCAAAUUGACCAAGCUAUUGUUAAAAGCACCCAGUACCAAGAACUGCUCCAGGACUUAUCAGAAAAAGUGAAGGCAGUUGGACAGCGACUGAGUGGCCAGUCAGCCAUCAGCACCCAACCUGAGGCUGUAAAACAACAAUUGGAGGAGACCAGUGAGAUUCGAUCUGACUUGGAACAAUUAGACAAUGAGAUAAAGGAGGCUCAAACACUGUGUGAUGAACUCUCUGUGCUCAUUGGUGAGCAGUACCUCAAGGAUGAGCUGAAGAAGCGUUUGGAGACAGUCACCCUGCCACUCCAAGGCUUAGAAGACCUUGCAGCCGAUCGCAUGAACAGACUCCAGUCAGCUCUUGCCAGCACCCAGCAGUUCCAGCAAAUGUUUGAUGAGUUGAAGACCUGGUUGGAUGACAAACAAAGCCAGCAAGCAAAAAGCUGCCCAAUUUCUGCAAAACUGGAGCAGCUACAGUCUCAACUACAGGAGAAUGAAGAGUUUCAGAAAAGCCUUAAUCAACACAGUGGUUCCUAUGAAGUGAUUGUGGCCGAGGGGGAAUCUCUGCUGCUUUCUGUACCCCCUGGAGAAGAGAAAAGGACUUUACAAAACCAGUUGGUUGAACUCAAAAGCCACUGGGAAGAGCUUAGCAAAAAAACUGCAGACAGACAAUCCAGGCUCAAGGACUGUAUGCAGAAAGCUCAGAAGUAUCAGUGGCAUGUGGAAGACCUUGUGCCAUGGAUAGAAGAUUGUAAAGCCAAGAUGUCUGAAUUGCAGGUCACUCUGGAUCCAGUGCAACUAGAAUCCAGUCUCUUGAGAGCAAAGGCUAUGCUGAGUGAGGUGGAAAAGCGCCGCUCCCUGCUGGAAAUACUGAAUAGUGCUGCUGACAUUCUGAUUAACUUUUCAGAAACCGAUGAGGAUGGUAUCCGGGAUGAGAAGGCUGAGAUCAACCAGAAUAUGGAUGCCAUUACAGAAGAGCUGCAGGCCAAAACUGGGUUGCUUGAAGAAAUGACUCAGAGGCUCAAGGAGUUUCAGGAAAGCUUUAAGAAUAUUGAAAGAAAGGUUGAAGGAGCCAAACACCAACUUGAAAUCUUUGAUGCUCUGGGCUCUCAAGCCUGUAGCAACAAGAACCUGGAGAAGCUAAGAGCUCAACAGGAAGUGCUGCAGGCACUGGAGCCUCAAGUGGACUAUCUGAGGAAUUUCACUCAGGGGCUGGUAGAAGAUGCCCCAAAUGGAUCUGAUGUGUCCCAACUUCUACAUCAAGCUGAGGUCACUCAGCAAGAGUUCCUAGAAGUGAAACAGAGAGUGAACAGUGGUUGCAUGACAAUGGAAAACAAGCUGGAGGGCAUUGGCCAGUUUCACUGCCGAGUCCGAGAGAUGUUUUCUCAGUUGGCAGACCUGGAUGAUGAGCUAGAUGGCAUGGGUGCUAUUGGCAGAGACACGGAUAGCCUCCAAUCCCAAAUUGAGGAUGUACGGCUAUUUCUGAACAAAAUCCAGUCCCUCAAGUUUGACAUAGAGGCCUCUGAAGCAGAGUGCCGACAAAUGCUAGAAGAAGAGGGGACUCUGGACUUGUUAGGUCUCAAGAGGGAGCUGGAAGCCCUGAAUAAACAGUGUGGCAAACUGACAGAGAGGGGGAAAGCUCGCCAAGAACAGCUGGAGCUAACAUUGGGUCGAGUAGAGGACUUCUAUAGAAAAUUGAAAGUACUUAAUGAUGCAACCACAGCAGCGGAGGAGGGAGAGGCACUCCAGUGGAUAGUGGGGACUGAAGUGGAUGUCAUCAACCAACAAUUAGCAGAUUUUAAAAUGUUUCAGAAAGAACAAGUGGAUCCUCUUCAGAUGAAAUUGCAGCAGGUUAAUGGACUUGGCCAGGGACUCAUUCAGAGUGCAGGAAAAAACUGUGAUGUACAGGGUUUAGAACAUGACAUGGAAGAGAUCAAUGCUCGAUGGAAUACACUGAAUAAAAAGGUUGCACAAAGAAUUGCACAACUACAGGAGGCUUUGUUGCAUUGUGGGAAGUUUCAAGAUGCCUUGGAGCCAUUGCUCAGCUGGUUGGCAGACACUGAGGAGCUCAUAGCCAAUCAGAAACCUCCAUCUGCUGAGUAUAAAGUGGUGAAAGCACAGAUUCAAGAACAGAAGUUGCUCCAACGACUCCUAGAUGACAGAAAGGCCACGGUAGACAUGCUUCAGGCAGAAGGAGGCAGAAUAGCCCAGUCAGCUGAGGUGGCUGAUAGAGAGAAAAUCACUGGGCAGUUGAGGAGUCUUGAAAGUAGAUGGACUGAACUACUCAGCAAGGCAGCCGCCAGGCAAAACCAGUUGGAAGAUAUCCUGGUUCUGGCCAAACAAUUCCAUGAGACUGCUGAGCCUAUUUCUGACUUCUUAUCUGUCACAGAGAAAAAGCUUGCUAACUCGGAACCUGUUGGCACUCAGACUGCCAAAAUUCAGCAGCAGAUCAUUCGUCACAAGGCUCUGGAGGAAGAUAUAGAAAACCAUGCAACAGAUGUGCACCAGGCAGUCAAAAUUGGGCAGUCUCUCUCCUCCCUGACAUGUCCUGCAGAGCAGGGUGUGCUAUCAGAAAAGCUAGACUCAUUGCAGGCCCAGUACAGUGAGAUUCAAGACUGGUGCUGUCGGAAGGCAGCACUGCUUGAACAGGCACUGUCCAAUGCUAGACUGUUCGGGGAGGAUGAGGUGGAGGUGCUCAACUGGCUGGCUGAGGUUGAGGACAAGCUCAGUUCAGUGUUCGUAAAGGAUUACAGACAGGAUGUCCUGCAGAAACAGCAUGCUGACCACCUGGCUUUAAAUGAAGAAAUUGUUAAUAGGAAGAAGAAUGUAGAUCAAGCUAUUAAAAAUGGUCAGGCUCUACUAAAACAAACCACAGGUGAAGAGGUGUUACUUAUCCAGGAGAAACUAGAUGGAAUAAAGACCCGUUAUGCAGACAUCACAGUCACUAGCUCCAAGGCCCUUAGAACUUUAGAGCAAGCCCGGCAGCUGGCCACCAAAUUCCAGUCUACGUAUGAUGAACUGACUGGUUGGCUGAGGGCGGUGGAGGAGGAGCUGGCAGCCAGUGGAGGACAGUCUCCCACAGGGGAACAGAUACCCCAGUUUCAGCAAAGACAGAAGGAAUUGAAGAAGGAGGUCAUGGAGCACAGGCUGGUGUUGGACACAGUGAAUGAGGUGAGCCGUGCUCUCUUAGAGCUGGUGCCCUGGAGAGCCAGAGAAGGCCUGGAUAAACUUGUGUCUGAUGCCAAUGAGCAGUACAAACUGAUCAGUGACACUAUUGGACAAAGAGUAGAUGAAAUUGAUGCUGCUAUUCAGAGAUCACAACAGUAUGAACAAGCUGCUGAUGCAGAAUUAGCUUGGGUUGCCGAAACAACACGGAAAUUGAUGGCCCUGGGUCCAGUUCGCCUGGAGCAGGACCAGACCACGGCCCAGCUACAGGUGCAGAAGGCUUUCUCCAUUGACAUCAUUCGACACAAAGAUUCAAUGGAUGAGCUCUUCAGUCACCGCAGUGAAAUCUUUGGCACAUGUGGGGAGGAGCAGAAAGCUGUAUUACAGGAAAAAACAGAGUCUCUAAUACAGCAGUAUGAAGCUAUUAGCCUACUCAAUUCAGAGCGUUAUGCCCGCCUAGAGCGGGCACAGGUCUUGGUGAACCAGUUUUGGGAAACUUACGAAGAACUCAGCCCUUGGAUUGAGGAAACUCGGGCAUUAAUAGCACAGUUACCUCCUCCAGCUAUUGAUCAUGAGCAGCUCAGGCAACAGCAAGAAGAAAUGAGGCAACUAAGGGAAUCCAUUGCUGAACACAAACCUCAUAUUGAUAAGCUAUUAAAGAUUGGCCCACAACUAAAGGAGUUAAACCCAGAGGAAGGGAAAAUGGUGGAAGAAAAAUACCAGAAAGCAGAAAACAUGUAUGCCCAAAUAAAAGAGGAGGUGCGCCAACGGGCAUUGGCUCUGGAUGAGGCUGUUUCCCAGUCUGCUCAGAUUACAGAGUUCCAUGAUAAAAUUGAGCCCAUGUUGGAGACUCUGGAGAAUCUUUCCUCUCGCCUGCGAAUGCCACCCCUGAUUCCUGCUGAAGUAGACAAGAUCAGAGAGUGCAUCAGUGACAAUAAGAGUGCCACCGUGGAGCUAGAAAAACUUCAGCCAUCCUUUGAGGCCCUAAAGCGCCGUGGAGAAGAGCUCAUUGGGCGAUCUCAGGGAGCAGACAAGGAUUUGGCUGCAAAAGAAAUCCAGGACAAACUGGACCAAAUGGUAUUCUUCUGGGAAGACAUCAAAGCUCGGGCUGAAGAGCGAGAAAUUAAAUUCCUUGAUGUCCUUGAAUUAGCGGAGAAGUUCUGGUAUGACAUGGCAGCUCUCCUGACCACCAUCAGAGACACUCAGGACAUUGUCCAUGACUUGGAAAGCCCAGGCAUUGACCCAUCCAUCAUCAAGCAACAGGUUGAAGCUGCCGAGACUAUUAAGGAGGAGACAGAUGGUCUGCAUGAGGAGCUGGAGUUCAUUCGAAUCCUUGGAGCAGAUUUAAUUUUUGCCUGUGGAGAAACUGAGAAGCCUGAAGUGAAGAAGAGCAUUGAUGAGAUGAACAAUGCUUGGGAAAACUUAAACAAAACAUGGAAAGAGAGGCUAGAAAAACUUGAGGAUGCCAUGCAAGCUGCUGUGCAAUAUCAGGACACUCUUCAGGCUAUGUAUGACUGGCUGGAUAACACUGUGAUCAAACUCUGCACCAUGCCCCCUGUUGGCACUGACCUCAACACUGUUAAAGAUCAGUUAAAUGAGAUGAAGGAGUUCAAAGUGGAAGUUUAUCAGCAGCAAAUUGAGAUGGAGAAGCUCAAUCACCAGGGUGAAUUGAUGUUAAAGAAAGCUACUGAUGAAACAGACAGAGACAUUAUACGCGAACCACUGACAGAACUCAAACACCUCUGGGAGAACCUGGGUGAGAAAAUUGCCCACAGACAGCAUAAGCUAGAAGGUGCUCUCUUGGCCCUUGGCCAAUUCCAACAUGCCUUAGAGGAACUAAUGAGUUGGCUGACUCACACUGAAGAGUUGCUAGAUGCUCAGAGACCAAUAAGUGGAGACCCAAAAGUCAUUGAAGUUGAACUUGCAAAGCACCAUGUUCUGAAAAAUGAUGUUUUGGCUCAUCAAGCUACAGUAGAAACAGUCAACAAAGCUGGCAAUGAGCUCCUUGAAUCAAGUGCUGGAGACGAUGCCAGCAGCUUAAGGAGCCGCUUGGAAACUAUGAACCAGUGCUGGGAAUCAGUGCUGCAGAAAACAGAGGAGAGGGAGCAGCAGCUCCAGUCAACACUACAGCAGGCCCAGGGUUUCCACAGUGAAAUUGAAGAUUUCCUCUUGGAAUUGACUAGAAUGGAGAGCCAACUUUCUGCAUCUAAACCUACUGGAGGACUUCCUGAAACUGCUAGGGAACAGCUUGAUACACAUAUGGAACUCUACUCCCAGCUGAAAGCCAAAGAAGAGACUUACAAUCAGCUACUUGACAAAGGCAGGCUCAUGCUUCUGAGCCGCGAUGACUCUGGGUCUGGCUCAAAGACGGAACAGAGUGUAGCUCUUUUGGAACAGAAGUGGCAUGUAGUCAGCAGUAAGAUGGAAGAAAGAAAGUCAAAGCUGGAAGAGGCCCUCAACCUGGCAACAGAAUUCCAGAAUUCCCUACAAGAGUUUAUCAACUGGCUCACUCUAGCAGAACAGAGUUUAAACAUUGCUUCUCCCCCCAGCCUGAUUCUAAACACCGUCCUUUCCCAGAUUGAAGAGCAUAAGGUUUUUGCUAAUGAAGUUAAUGCUCAUCGAGACCAGAUCAUUGAGCUGGAUCAAACCGGAAAUCAGUUAAAGUUCCUUAGCCAAAAACAAGAUGUUGUUCUCAUUAAGAAUUUGUUGGUUAGCGUCCAGUCUCGGUGGGAGAAGGUUGUCCAGCGAUCUAUUGAAAGAGGGCGAUCACUAGAUGAUGCUAGGAAGCGAGCAAAACAAUUCCAUGAAGCUUGGAAAAAACUGAUUGACUGGCUAGAAGAUGCAGAAAGUCACCUGGACUCUGAACUGGAAAUAUCAAAUGACCCAGACAAAAUUAAACUCCAACUUUCUAAGCAUAAGGAGUUUCAGAAAACUCUUGGUGGCAAACAGCCUGUAUAUGAUACAACAAUUAGGACUGGCAGAGCACUGAAAGAGAAGACAUUGCUUGCAGAUGAUACUCAAAAACUUGACAACUUGUUGGGAGAAGUCAGAGACAAAUGGGAUACUGUUUGUGGCAAGUCUGUGGAGCGGCAACACAAGUUGGAGGAAGCCCUGCUGUUUUCAGGCCAGUUCAUGGAUGCUUUGCAGGCCUUGGUUGACUGGUUAUAUAAGGUAGAGCCACAGCUGGCUGAGGACCAGCCUGUACAUGGGGACCUCGACCUUGUUAUGAAUCUUAUGGAUGCCCAUAAGGUUUUUCAGAAGGAACUGGGAAAACGAACAGGAACUGUUCAGGUCUUGAAGCGGUCAGGCAGAGAACUGAUUGAGAAUAGUCGAGAUGACACCACUUGGGUAAAAGGACAGCUCCAAGAACUUAGCACUCGCUGGGACACUGUCUGUAAACUGUCUGUUUCCAAGCAAAGCCGACUUGAGCAGGCUUUAAAACAGGCAGAGGAGUUUCGGGACACAGUCCACAUGCUGUUGGAGUGGCUUUCUGAAGCAGAGCAAACUCUUCGCUUUCGAGGGGCUCUUCCCGAUGACACAGAGGCCCUGCAAUCACUCAUUGACACUCAUAAGGAAUUCAUGAAGAAAGUGGAAGAAAAGCGCGUUGAUGUUAAUGCAGCGGUAGCCAUGGGAGAAGUCAUCCUGGCUGUCUGCCAUCCCGAUUGCAUUACCACCAUCAAACAUUGGAUCACUAUCAUCCGAGCUCGCUUUGAGGAGGUCCUGACAUGGGCUAAGCAGCACCAGCAGCGUCUGGAAACAGCACUGUCAGAACUGGUAGCUAAUGCUGAGCUCCUAGAAGAACUACUGGCAUGGAUCCAGUGGGCUGAAACCACCCUUAUACAGCGAGAUCAGGAGCCAGUCCCUCAGAACAUCGACCGAGUUAAAUCCCUUAUUGCUGAGCAUCAGACAUUUAUGGAGGAAAUGACACGCAAACAGCCUGAUGUGGACCGGGUUACCAAGACAUACAAAAGGAAGAAUAUAGAGCCUAGCCAUGGUCCUUUCAUCGAGAAAUCCCGCAGUGGUAGCAGGAAAUCCUUAAGUCAGCCUACACCUCCUCCCAUGCCAAUCCUCUCACAAUCUGAAGCAAAAAAUCCACGAAUCAACCAGCUCUCUGCCCGCUGGCAGCAGGUGUGGUUGCUAGCCCUGGAGCGCCAGCGGAAGCUGAAUGAUGCCUUGGAUAGAUUAGAGGAGCUGAAGGAAUUUGCCAACUUUGACUUUGAUGUUUGGAGGAAAAAGUAUAUGCGUUGGAUGAAUCACAAAAAGUCUCGGGUAAUGGACUUCUUCCGACGCAUUGACAAAGACCAGGAUGGGAAGAUAACACGUCAGGAGUUUAUCGAUGGCAUUUUAGCAUCCAAGUUCCCUACCACCAAGUUAGAAAUGACUGCUGUGGCCGACAUUUUUGACCGGGAUGGGGAUGGCUAUAUUGACUACUAUGAAUUUGUGGCUGCUCUUCAUCCCAACAAGGAUGCUUAUCGACCAACAACUGAUGCAGAUAAAAUUGAAGAUGAGGUCACAAGACAGGUGGCGCAGUGCAAGUGUGCAAAGAGGUUUCAGGUGGAACAGAUCGGAGAGAAUAAAUACCGGUUCUUCCUCGGCAAUCAGUUUGGGGAUUCUCAGCAGUUGCGGCUGGUCCGUAUUCUGCGCAGCACAGUGAUGGUCCGGGUUGGUGGAGGAUGGAUGGCCUUGGAUGAAUUUUUAGUGAAAAAUGAUCCCUGCCGAG